AUGACGGUUUAUUCAAAUUAUUUAUUUGUUGUCAAUGUGGGCUCGAAUUCGUUGUCCAUGUUUAUGAUUAAUUCAUUGGAUGCUACACAAUUGACACUAUUAUCGGUACAACCAGUGAAUGGAUGGUUCCCUGUGUCGGUGACGGCCAAUUACCUGUAUGCAUGUGUCUUGACUGGUGGGAAUAUCACAGGAAUUCGUUUUUUCACCUAUAAUUCAUCAGGUUUAUUUGUCGUACCGUGGUUUGAUCGUAUUGUUACACCGAGCCCUACACAAAGCGUUCCAUCUAACAAUUUUGCUGGAACAAUGAGUAAAAUCCUAUUUUCUGCUGACAAUAUGGCCUUGAUUGUUGCUUAUAAGAACUACUCUUCGUCACAACCAGGCAACAUUUUGCUCUAUCUGUUAAGCAAUAACAGCACUAUGUUGGGACUGGCUCCAGUUCCGACAAACUUAUCACAGGUUAUACAACCAACCUCAAUAACAUUGAUGGGCACGAACGGUUUGUUGGUUACUGAUCCAGGAGCGAAUGGUAUCCUAACAAUGUUUUAUUCAUCAAUAUUCAAUACAAACGGCGCUAUAUAUAACAGUAUUUUGACACCGAUUAAUUCGACGCUUUCAGGCAUCUUAUGUUCGUCGGCAUAUUCGUCAAAAAUUGGUAAUUAUUAUGUUGUCGGGCGGGCUGGAGUAACAACAAGCAUUGUCGAGCUAAAUUUGAAUUGGAAUAAUUUUAAUCCUGUUACCGUUGUUCAAUACUAUUCAUUGCCUAACAAUGCUGGUGCAUUCGAAGCAACAGUGGUCAAUUUAGGUGGUACCGAUUAUUUGUAUGUACUCGGUACAAUGGCACACACCAUCAGCGGUUAUCAGUUGAAUGCAGCCGGCAAUGCAACAGCCAAUGGUAUAUCUAUUGUUCAGCAAGGAUAUACUGCUGUCGGCAUUGCAGCAUUUGUCCAAACCAGCUCGCUGUCGUCUGUAUCAUCAACUGUAUCGACACUAGCGUUGGCGAUCACAAUCAUGUUUUGCUUGAUGAGCAUCGUUUUUUGCUCUCCACACAAUGAAUGA